CGAGCGUCCUCGUCUUGCAGCAGGUGUUCGCACAUUCCUAGGUGCCCCUUCUCUUCUCUUUCUCUAAAAUUUUAGUAAUUUGUGUGAGAAUUUUCCUUACUCUUAUUCUCUUCUUCACUUUACGAAAAACAGUUCACUAUGUUCCUGCAACGCGCCGUCCGGACGCAAUGGCACGUCUCUAAGAGCAUGGCUCGCCUGGCCGUGGCUAGAGCCGCUGGCGUCUACCCCUCCAGGCAAUUCCACGACACGCGGCAUCUGAGGGUCGUCAAGCCCGUCCUGCUGGCAGACAUUGGUGAAGGCAUCGUGGAAUGCGAAAUUAUUCAGUGGUUCGUCGAGCCCGGCGCUCGUGUCGAGGAGUUCUCUCCGCUCUGCGAGGUCCAGAGCGACAAGGCCUCGGUGGAGAUUACCAGUCGCUUCUCGGGCGUCGUCAAGAAGCUGCACUACGAUGCCGGCGACAUGGCAAAGGUCGGCAGGCCCUUUGUCGACAUCGAUAUACAGGGCGGAGCCAAGAAGGAGGAUCUCGAUGCGCUGACGGCGCCGACGGAGCCGGCGGGGGAGAGGCCUGCGCAGAAACAGCAGCAGCAGGGAGAAAAACAACAGGGAGAGUGGACACAAGAGCAGGCGAGACAAGAGCCGACGGUCACCGCGCCUAUGGAUGCCGGUUCACCGGAAGCUCCGCGGCCACCAAAGGGUACGCAUGCCGCCCUCGCUACGCCGGCGGUGCGGCACCUCACCAAGACAUUGAAUGUGAACAUCGCGGAUAUAGAUGGCACGGGAAGAGAUGGCAGAGUCCUCAAGGAAGACGUCCAAAACUUUGUUAAACGCCGCGAAUCAGGGCACAAGUCGGCGGCGUCACCGGCCCCGUCUUCCGACGGGGAACCCACUCCGGGGCCCGCCUCCGCUGUGCAGCUCGAGACCCGCGUCCCACUCACAAAUACCCAGCAGCAAAUGUUCAAGUCGAUGACGCGCUCGCUCACGAUCCCGCACUUCCUCUACGCCGACGAGAUUGACUUCUCCAGCCUCGUGCAGCUGCGCACCCGCCUCAACCGCGUCCUCGCUACGUCCCCCGAGGUGGGCGGUGGCGAGACCGGCGUCGCGAAGCUCUCCUACCUCCCCUUCAUCAUCAAGGCCGUCUCCAUGGCGCUCUAUCAGUUCCCCAUCCUCAACGCGCGCGUCGAUCUCGAUCCUUCAUCCUCGAAACCCUCCCUCGUCAUGCGUAGCCAGCACAAUAUUGGCGUCGCCAUGGACACCCCGCAGGGCCUCCUGGUACCCGUGAUCCGCAACGUCGGGUCGCUCAACAUCCUCUCCAUCGCCUCCGAGGUGGCGCGGCUGCAGAAGGCCGCCUUUGCGGGCAAGCUGACACCGGCGGACCUCGGUGGUGGCACCAUCACCGUCUCCAACAUCGGCAACAUCGGUGGGACCUACCUGUCGCCUGUCAUCGUCGACAAGGAGGUCGCAAUCCUCGGCAUCGGCCGCAUGCGCGCCGUGCCGGCGUUCGAGGGGGAGGACUCGGACAGGGUGGUUAGGAAGCACGUAUGCAACUUCAGCUGGAGCGCGGACCAUCGCGUGGUAGACGGCGCAACCAUGGCGCGGGCCGCCGAGGUGGUGCGGAGGGUUGUGGAGGAGCCCGACGUCAUGGUCAUGCACCUCCGAUAAUUGAGGGGGCAGACUCGGAGUGAAGAACAAACGAGGUUGGAGAGUGAUUUAUACCCUAGGAGGGAAACAGGAUGGAUGGGCGGAGUGUGAUGUCGGUGCCCGCGCCGCGUGAUGUAGAGACCGGAGGAACGGUCGUGGUGUGGACGGUGUGGGUGGGCGGAUUGGAUGACCAGACUCUGACAAAUUUAAGGUCUAUGGUCUACUGGUUCGGGUAAAUUAAGUCAGGCAGGCAGACAGACGGGCGAGACAAGCAGCUUGUUUAGACGCCUGAUAAUAGCACAGUUUUGGAAGACAAACAAGAAAUUAUUUUUUUAGUGCUAGAAGUAGAGAUCAUCACCUGAAAGGAAGGAAGGAGCUGAAUCCAUCAGUGGUGCCCGACGUAUAUCUGUUGGACAAACAUUUCAAUGCAGCAGGCAACGUUUUUGAGGUCGGGUCCGACAGGGCCAAUGAACCAUGACUCCCUAACCUACCAAAUAAUG